ACCUCCCAAACGCUGCCGUUUCAGGAGGUGGUCGCCAAAGGGGAAAAGAAAUUAAAAAUUCCCGUCUUUCUUCUAACAUUCUCGUUCUUCAAGCUGUUUCCAGGAUAAAAUUUUAUUCAAUUUCUUCUUUCGUUGAUUUUUCGUAGACCAAUAGAGCUUUAAAAUCAUGAAACAUUCAGUAAAUCGACCACCAACUCCAGAUGCUGCAGAAGAUCAAGGGAAAGAACCCACCCUUCAAGAAAUUAUUAACAUCAAGUUGAUCGAGAGUGGGGAAAAAGAGAGAUUAAUGGAGCUGUUAAGAGAAAGGCUUAUAGACUGUGGUUGGAAGGAUGAGAUGAAAGCUAUUUGCAGGCUAUGUCCAAAUGUUGCAGAUAUGCUUAUGCUGCAUUUUCUGGAUGCUGACGGAAAGCUAGUGGUGUUUUCUAUUAUGAUCAUGGCGUAUAUUAAGAAGAAAGGAAGAAACAAUGUCACUGUAGAUGACCUUGUGCAUUUGAUCACCCCAAAAGGAAGAGCUUCCGUUCCCGACAACGUAAAGGCCGACCUCUUGCAAAGAAUUCGUACGUUUCUCAUGUCUGCUGCUCUUUGAUCAUCAGCUUGCGUGGGAAAGCAAUAGAGUAGUUCAUUCUUGUUUUAUGGGUUUCAAUGGAAAACUUGUUAGAGUUUGGCUGUACCAGCAAGUCUUGUUUAAGGUGAUGUUUAUGAAAUAGCUUAAUACUAUUAAGCCAAAGGAAUACUCAUUGUUCACUGCAAGUUGGAUGGAACUUCGUUUAUGCUUUAUUGAUGUUUACAAUUGUCUGCAACUUUGGGAUAGAAAACUCUGCUUUGGUCCUCUGGUGGAAGUUGAGUUUA